AUGACCGAGAUCAACUUUGUUAAUAGAACCAUGGAAAUGGAUGGAGGAUUACCAUACCACAGGAAUAGUAGUUCAAGUCCGGAGGGAAAGAACAGCGAGGAGAACGGAAUAGAAACGGAGAUAAGGCAUAACGGAGUUGGAGAACUGUCCAAACCGAAGAAGAAGAGAAAGACGACUAAUAGGGCGUGUGAUGCAUGUGCGAUAAGAAAGGUGAAGUGUGAACAGAAUAGACCUUGUUCGCACUGUGUUAGUAACAACUUGAACUGUACGCAGUUGCGAGAAAGAAAGAAGAGCGGGCCGAAAACACUUCACAAAAAGACGCUCGACAGUAUCAACAGUUUUUCGGAGAAAAAGGGUCCUGAGGGGACGGUACGGCCAUCGUUGUCACACCACUCGACGUCGAGUUCGAAUACAUUGACGACGGUCCAGGAGUUGAUUGCGUCGAACCAUGCAGAUCACCCCGUGGAGUCGGUGCCGCAGAACUUGACCAACGAAAGUGUGGACAGCAUGCGAAACCAAAAUGUGUUAACGUCUGAACGUCUUGUCAAUAUCUUGCGGUUGAUAGAGGACCCCGUGAUGUAUAAAUGCUUGCAGAACUUGACAGUGCACUCGUUGUUGACUAGUUAUGAAAGUUCAAUUAAAUUCGUACAGGUACAAUUUGCGAACACCAACGGCGAAUUGGUUAUCCAGUCUACUGACUUAAUGGUAUUAUCGAGGUUGCUAAUCAUAUUUACCUUGAAUCUAUUGAUAGUCGAAAACCUAAUUAAGUUUCUGUCUGUUGGUUACAAAACACAAUUUAUGGAUGGGGAUAUUGAUCUGUAUAAAUCUUUGAAGAAUUUGUUGCAGUUGAAAAUCACUGAGGUGCUGUUGCCAAUAGAACAGUUGUCAUUUUUUCCUGGAUGUUCAACUGUGCAACAAAUGCAUAUUUCGCAACAGCUUUACUAUAACCAGUCGAUAUCCGCCUUACACUUAUGCAACUUCCACCAAAUCACAAACUAUUUGAAUACUCAAAAUCAAAACCAGCAAAAGCUAAUCUAUCUUAGAAAGUCGAUUACAUUUUAUCAGUUGAUCAACCUUCCCUUCAAAAGUACAGCGGAACUUACAGAUGUGCAAUUAUACGAAUUAUAUGAAUCGUUGUUCACUAUGGAGAGUUUAUAUUUCUUUUUGUCAUCAGAUUUCAUUAUUAAAAGUAACAAUGUAUUGUUAAACGAAUGGAAUAAUUAUAACUUUAGUCAUAUUCAAUUUCAUAAGAAAUCAUCUGACGGUAAUUCGCUAUUCGAAAUAUUCAAAAUCAUUAAUAAAGAGGACUUGAUCAAUUCAAAAUCAAUCAACUACCUAUUCAAAUUUUCCAUUUUCAACACCAAUAAAAAUUCAAGUAUCAAAAACAUAAAGAAAAUCAAUAAUAAUAAAACAAUCGGCAAUACAUCUUAUAUUCAAUUCAAGCAAUUUUUGAAUAGCUUAUCAAAUGAGGAUUUUAUGUUUGAAAUUUUAAAGUAUAUUAUAUUAUUCAAAAUUAUUAUUGUCCAUUGCAAUGAAUUAAAUUUCAUGCAUUUAAAGUGUGAAUUAAUCGAGUCAGUUAUUAACUUGAACAAUCUCUUAGACUUUAAGGAUAAUAACCUUUAUUUACAAAUCAGUAACUAUCAAUUAUUGCCACAUUUGAUGCAAGUUUUAAAGUUUAAUAUUGAAAUUGACGAAAGCCACUUGAAGGAGAAUCAAAUGGUCCUUAUGAAAUUCACAAAGAACUUGAUCGAGCUUUUCCCAUUUUGCAAUAAGAAUAUCAAAGACCUUAUUUCAUGCUACGAUGGUUUAAGAACCUGGUUUAACAAGUUGAGUCAACUUUCUAGUGAAAUGAAACAAGAUGGUAAUGUUAGUGAGAAGGAUCAAUUCCUCCUUAAUGAUAUUUUGAAUGAGUUUGACUCGAAGAUGAUCAACUCAACGGAAGCAACAAACCCAAACUCGACCUUCAUUACCCAUUGUCCAAGUCCCCAGAAUUUGUUACGAGAUUUUGACUUAUCCAAUGCCAACCCCUCUAAUGGACUUGACGGUCCUGCUAAGAAUACUCCGAAUGCUCCAAUGACACUAAUGACGGGAUCAAGUGAUCACAUCCGAAGCACACUCAACAGUUCUGGUAGUCUCCACCUGCUUCUUAAUCCGUUGCAAUCUUUACCAGCAAAACCAGUAGUAACAACUACUGCAGCAACUACAGGCAGGAAUGAGGAUUUGAGCGAAUUGAUUUCAUUAUCGUUGUCAGAAAGUGCCAAAAACUUGUGCAAUACGUUUCACCAAUUUGGUGACGAAUUUUCACAUAAUAAUGAUAACAGUAAUAGUUUGAGCAAUUUGUUUCAAUUCAACUCGGCUUCUCGUACAGCGGAUUGGUCCGUGGGCAACGAAGAGAUAAAAUCUCAGCCAAACUUUUUACUUUGA